AUGUUAUACGAAUUGAUUGCGGUGGUCCGCCCCGGCAGCCUCGCCGAGGUGAAAGAUAUCGCCCGCACAGCCGGAUCCCUCAUCCUCCAAAAUGGCGGCACGAUUCGCGGCAUCACAAACUGGGGCGUCACUGCGCUCCCGAAGCGCACCGCCAAGCAUCAGGCAGUCUACCACGACGGGCACCACUUCGUCAUGCGCUACGACGCCAACAGCGCCGUGCAGGACCAGGUGCGCAAGACGCUCAGUCUCGACCCGCGAAUGAUCAAAUUCGGGAGCGUGAAGCUUGGGGAUGGAAAGCUGGAUACGCUGGCGAGGAUAGGGGGGUGGAUUCCGUGGUCGGUCAGGGAGCGCAGGUCGUAG